AUGAUGAUUAACAACACCUCGACGCCAAACGCCAUUACCAGCGCGACGUCACUGCGCAUGCGCCAAACUAAGCUAGGGAAAAAGAUGGACGACAGAAGCGUCUGUGCUCCGCUGCUUGCGGAGUCAGACGCUCAAAAUAACACUACUAGUGCCCCUCACGCGGCUUCUCUCACAGAUGCUGACACAGUAAUAAACACUAAAAUAGAUAGUACCCAGAUUGAAGGAGACAAGAGUGAAGAGGAGUUACUAAAGGGUCUCCUCGCUGACGACUACUGCCACGUGUGCGAGGCUGUGCUGCUCUUUGAAUCUCAGCGGCUCUCCCACUAUGAGGGAAAGAAACAUGCUCAGAAACUCAGGGUGUACCUGCAGGCCAAGAGAACUGAGAAGACUAACAAAGAGUCCACAGCACCCCAGCGAACCAUGACUACUGAUAAGGACCAUUUCUGUGAGCUGUGUAACAUGGUGUUUAGUUCCCCUGUGGUGGCAAGAUCACACUAUGAAGGCAAAGUGCAUACAAAAAAUCUUCGUAAACAAGGUCUCCAGCCCCCAGUUACUGACAGGUGCACAGAGGUACAUACUUUACCAAGUCUAAGUCGGGAUCCUGAUCACACUGACCAGGAAUCAGCUCCAGAGGGUUGUAUCAAACAUCUUCUGGACCCAACAGCCAGCACAACUACCCCCAGCACAGAGGUUGAUCUGGAGGACCCGAAUAAGUACUGCGCCCUGUGUGCCGCUUCCUUCAACAAUCCUCAAAUGGCUUUGCAGCACUACAAUGGACGCAAACACCAGAGGAAUCAGACCAGACAGGAGCUGCUCAAAGAGCUUGGAGACAACGUCCAACAAGCCAACUCCCUGAUGUGUCAGAUGUGUAGUGUGCAGUUUAACUCUGUGGAGAUGUACCAGGCCCACAUGCAGGGAAACAAACACCAGAUUAGGGAGAAGAAGGUCAUUGACCUGUGCAAGUCACAACAAAAAGUCCACAGCACAUUUGCAGAUGAACUGUCAGAUUACAUUCAGGUUCAGAAGGCUCGAGGAAUCACCCCCAAGACUGCUCAAAUUCUCCAUCAGGGAGACGCACAAAAGGAGGAUGAAGAAGAAGAAGAAGAAGAAGAAGAGGGCCUAUCAAAUAAGGGGGAUGUCACAGAACUGAACAAACCUAUGCACGGUUUCCCUCCCAUCUCUAACCCUGCUCAUCUCUCUCGUCUUGGUUGUUACAACCCAGUUGAUGGGUGGCGUCCUCCGUAUCAGGGCACCCCCUGGCCAUCCCAUGGCUUGGAUUACAACUGCCCUCCUCAAAUCCUCCCAGGUCCAGGCUCACAACUGUUCACUGGUCGGCCCAUAAAGAGAAGGAGGCGCAGAAGGCAGUCCAGCUCCUCCUCAUAUACUACCUCAUCAUACUCCUCCUCGUAUUCCUCCUCCUAUAGCAGUAGCACAAGUGACAGUGAUGACAGUGAAUACAGGCGCAGAGAAAAGAGGAGGAUUAGAAGAUCCAAGAGAGAGAGAGAUAAAAGGCCAAGAGAUGGGCACUCAGAGAAGAGGAGAAAGCAAAGGAGGGAAAGAGAUAAGGAGUCAGAAGAGAGGAGAAGAGGGGAAUCCAGAGAGUCAGAGGAAGAGAGGAGGAGAAAAAAGCGGAAAAAUCAUGGCAAGCAGAGAAGGCAGGAUAAGAAAUCUCGUGAGGACUUUGAUGCAGUAGGAGGGGAAAGUGUAAUGGACAAUUUAAUGCCAGAAGAUAUCAUGGACAAUAGAAAAGAGACUGAAGUGCAUAUUCAGGCUGAAAUGAAGGUUGACCAGGGGGAUGAUGGACAGGAUGGGCCAGCUAAACACAAAUACAAGAAAGAGAAGAAGAAAACAAAAGAGAAAGUAGACACUAGGACAGAAGAGGAGAAACUGUGGGACGACUCCAUUCUGGGAUGUUAAACUCAAAAGGCCCAGUUCAAGUCUGUCUAUUGACCUGCUAUUAUUUAGUCAAAACAUGAUGUAAUUAGCAUGACAAAAUCAUCUUUAUAGCCGUUAAUAAUGCAGUUUUCACUAUCUGCUCUGACAGUCCAAAAGUGUUGUUCUCCAUAGGUGUGCUAGCUGGCUAGCCAUGCUCAGAGCUCAUGCUCAAUUUGUGUUUGUAAGGAAUGAAUGGAUUCUUCUUUUGUGUGUUUGAGGGGAUUUCUUACACUUAUCAACUGUAAUAGCUUUAUUUUUCACUUAAUAAUGUCUUUGAUUUAAUCAUGAUUAAUUUGCACAUUGUUAUUAAUUGUGGGCUGUAACAUUUAAAAUGUCUUAUUUUUUGCUUAUCAUUUGAAUUGAUCAAGAAGUCCUCUUGACCUCUUAACACAUCAAUAGGAUAAAUUUGUAUUUGUGCUUCUGGCAAGGAUUUGAUAGAUUGUAAUCCCUUUAGGAGCCUGUGGUUGGCGCUGUUGAGCUUCAUUCAGAGCACCAGUAAAGCAAAUAAAAGCUAGAUGUUA